AUGUGUAAACAAGGUUUUGACUUACUUUCGGAUUUCUUAAAUUUAACAAGUCAAGAGCACGUAUUUGAAGCUAUGCUUACAUCGUAUUUCGAUUGUGCCUUUCCUUUUUGGACAAAUUUCGUUGAAAAUUUGAUACAAAGUUUAUUAACUAUACAAAUCGAAGAAACAUUCAUUACAGAAGCAAUCACGCAAUCAAUACUAAAAUCUAACUCCCAUCUCACUAGAUAUCAUAUUGAAAUUAUCAAAAUUUUCCAAAUUUUUUCCGAAACUCGCUGUUUACAAUUCCUUACUUCAAUAUUCAAAUCGAAUUUCAACAGAUAUACAGCAAGGCAAUACAUACCAGCUACAAUACAAACGAUUAUUGACACUGCUUUAACAAGAUCUCCGAUUGUUCUCUACCACGCGCUGAUUAAUGUUUCUUGGUACUCAAAGACAAUUCCUGAUGCGAUUUCGAACCAAGUUCUUUACAAAAUUCCUUUAAUUUUGUCAGAUCGAGACGUUGUCGUUCUCCUCGAGAUUCUACGCGAUGACAAACUACAGAAACCUCUUCAACAACUCGUAGACAACGCGAAUUCCUUGUUCAGAAACGGUUAUUGUCCCUUCACUUUUGAUUUACACUCUCCCAUGGGUUCUUUCAGAUCACCAUCGGCCAAAACCAAUGUUCCAUCACUUGUCUCGGCAUAUGCUAAAUACAGACAGAACUGUUUGUCAAAAUUUCAUGAUCCAAUUGAAAGUUUAUCAAAUACGAACGUUUCGGAGGAAUUUAUCAGGUACGCGUUAAGGUUUGAGAUCUGUAAUCUCAAGAUCAACAUGGAAUUCCUUUCAAACAACAUUUCCAUACUAGAACAAAAACAAAUUUUCGAAAAUUACAGACAGAUACUAUUAAAUGCACAGAAAGACUCAAUAGCAAUACACACAUCAUUGAUACUGAACCAAAAAUCAUUUGCAACAAAGCAAAAAGUAAAUUUAAACCUAAUUUUCAAAGAUAUUAGCAAUUUUUCAAAAACGAUUAACUUUGAAGAGCAUCCAUAUUCAUUAUGUCUAAGACCAGCAAUAUCCAUUGCUUUUUCCAAGUAUAAUUUAGAAAUGUCUCAUAUUUUCAACAAAAUCUCGAACAGAAUGACAGAACUGAUCAAGAAAUUCAGGAAAGAUAAAGAGUUCAUUGCUGUGAAGCCUCCGCAAAGGCUGACAUUGAUUGCAAGCCAUCUUUUGAAAACAGUUGAAAUUGAUAAGACAAAAUCGAAAGCUUCAUACGGCCAAAUACUGGAUAUGUUGUUUUAUUACAUAGAAGCACUCCAAGUGUCUGAUCCAAACGGAACUUUCGAAAAAUUACUGUUUUGGCGCUCUUUCCUUCCUGAUGACUCCAAAAGUGAGGAAGCGAGGAUGAUUCUGAUGACGAGGCUGUUCAUUGGAUUCUUCAUUUUCAGGGAUGUCCUCGAAGGAAGGUUUUACGAGUUCAAUUUCGAAGAAAUGCUGUAUAAGUACAUGAGAAUUGAGAACUGUAUCAUGUAUCCGUUUGUUGAAGAUAAGGAUUUGAUGAAUGAGAUCAUAGAUAAACUUCUUCACGCUUGUUAA